UUGUUGUCACAGGACCAGUUGUAGCCAUCUCUCCUUACAUCUUCUCUUUCUAGGGUUCCUCUCUCCUUCCAAACUCACGUUUUUCUUAAAAUUCCUUCCUCCCCAAGAGGUGAAUAUGGACGCCAUGGCUGCGACUUUGGCUUCAUCCCCUGUUUUAUUGCACCGAACUCCCUCCGAUGUUGGCGGAUCCAUCUUACUGCCUUCGACCUGCCCUCGAUUCGGUGUCCCAUCUCAGCUUCGCUUCAAGCAGAACCCUUUUGCCAAAUUCCCCGGACCAUUGCAAAGCGCAAGAAAAGCUGGGAGAAGUUUUGUGGUUAGAGCUUCAGCGUCUGCUGAUUCGGCUGAUUCAUCAGUCCCGAUCGCUCCGCUUCAGCUGGAGUCGCCCGUAGGCCAAUUUCUGUCGCAGAUACUUGUGAGCCACCCUCAUCUCGUGCCCGCAGCGGUCGAACAACAGCUGGAGCAGCUCCAAACCGUUCGCGAUGCCGAGGAACAGAAGGAUUCACCAUCCGUCCCUGGAACCGAUAUCGUCCUCUACAGGAGAAUUGCAGAGGUCAAGGAGAGUGAGAGAAGGAGGGCGUUGGAGGAGAUAUUGUAUACGUUGGUAGUUCAAAAGUUCAUGGACGCAAACGUCUCUUUGGUGCCAUCUAUAAAAUCAUCUUCAGACCCAUCAGGCAGGGUUGAUACAUGGCCAGCCCAAGAGGAGCGACUAGAGCGGCUCCACUCACCCGAGGCUUACGAGAUGAUUCAGAACCAUCUCACCAUCAUUCUUGGAAACCGUUUGGGCGACCCCUCAUCUGUUGCGCAGAUAAGCAAACUCAGAGUUGGACAGGUGUACGCUGCUUCGGUGAUGUACGGGUAUUUCCUGAAGCGUGUAGAUCAGAGAUUUCAGCUCGAGAAGACGAUGAAGAUCCUCCCUGGUGGCUCGGAUGAAGGAGAGGGCAGCAUCGAGCAAUCUGCCCCGGGAACAGAGAGAAUCAGUAACGGAGAUGGUGGGACCUAUCAUCCAGAGGUUGGUUCUUUUGCGGGAGGGAUAAGCGGUGGUGGCUUUGGCAGCGGACUGAAGCCGUCUCGGUUGAGGACAUAUGUGAUGUCUUUUGAUGGGGAGACGCUUCAGAGAUACGCUACCAUAAGAUCAAGAGAAGCAGUCGGGAUAAUUGAGAAGCACACGGAGGCGUUGUUUGGGAGGCCGGAGAUCAUGAUAACGCCGGAGGGAACAGUUGAUUCGUCGAGGGAUGAACAUAUAAAGAUCAGCUUCGGGGGGCUGAAGAGGUUGGUGCUGGAGGCAGUGACGUUCGGGUCCUUCCUCUGGGACGUGGAGAGCUACGUGGACUCAAGGUACCAUUUCGUUUUGAACUGAGCGCUGCUGGCCGCUCUCUCUGUAAUGUGUGCGACAGAACUAACUUAGAUGGGAUUCGUCUGGGUAUUUAUUAACUCCAAUAUACGUUUGUAUCUCCAUGUGUGUAAUUCUUGCUCCCCUCAUAAAGGCUUCGACUUUAUAUCUAUCUU